AUGGAAGAACUACGAGCGAAUGUUUCGUCAGGCUUACCACUAAUUAUCAGUUCUCCUCCUUACCGUCAGUAUACAGUUUGGCUUGGCGGAUCUGUCCUGGUUUCUUCACAAAGUUUUGCACCAAUGUGGAUAACUUUGCAAGAAUACAAGGAACUGGGAAGUAGAGCAGUUCUAGACAAAUGAGACUAUGGUCUCCAGAUAGCACAGCGGUUAACGCACGAACUCACUGGUCGGAAGGCUGGUGGUUCAAACCCGAUUUCAGCACCUCGACUACUGAUGUCUAAGCUUGGACAAUAUCUGAGCCCUCAUGCUUCCAUCGGUUCGUUAUUACUCAUGUUCGACCCUAGUAAUCCACCGAUUGUGAUUGAUAAUGGCACCGGAUUGUUAAAGGCCGGCUAUGCUGGGGAAAUGGAGCCACGUGCUGUUGUGCCAAUGAUACUCGGACGUCCAAAACACUGUAAACUUUUAGCUGAACGCAAACGGGGAGAAUCAGAAUGCUUUGUUGGAGACGUGGCCGGCGGGAAACGUGGAGCGCUAACACUCUCCUACCCUAUAGUAAACGGAAUUGUGCACAACUGGGAUGAUCUUGAAACCAUUUGGCAUCAUGUUUUCACGAACGAACUUCGGGUAUUGCCAGAAUAUCAUCCUGUACUCCUCACAGAGUCCCCACUGAAUCCGAGACCUAAUCGUGAAAAGAUGACGGAAAUUAUGUUCGAACACUUUCACGUACCAGCUGUUUACAUUUCUAUUCAGGCUGUUUUGUCGUUAUAUGCAUCUGGACGGACAACUGGAUUGGUGCUGGACUGUGGUGAAGGUGUAACCCACUGGGUACCAGUUUUUGACGCUUAUGUUGUACCAAAUGCCAUCUGUCGACGAAAUCUGGCAGGUAGGGAGAUCACUAAUUAUCUCAAAACUUUACUCACUGAGCGUGGUUACAAAUUUGUUACAACAUGUGAACAUGAAAUCGCACGAGAUGCUAAGGAGAAUACGUGCUAUGUGGCCAUGGAUUACGAUUCAGAGCUAAGACGUUCCCUUGUAGAUGACUUUUGCGAAAUGACGUAUAGACUACCAGACGGACAGUUACUUCGUAUUGGAAACGAACGAUUUCGAGCACCGGAGCUAAUGUUCAACCCUAAAAUGGGCGGUAAUGAACACGAAGGUGUUCACUUAACCACCAAUGAGUCGGUCUUACAAUGUGGAGUGGACAUUCGCAAAAGUCUUUGGGCCAACAUAAUUCUCACCGGUGGAGGAACCAUGUUCAGGGGAUUCCCGGAGCGACUUCGCAAGGAACUCAGAGCAUUGGUUCCCGGUCAUGUGCCUAUAAAAGUCUUGGCUUCACAAGAACGCAAGUAUUCUGUGUGGAUUGGUGGAGCUGUUUUGGCAUCUCUUACCAGCUUCAGUGAAAUCGCUUCCGUACUGAUUGCUGAUACUUUGUUCCGCCACGCUCUGAGGCCGAAACCAUUCCCAUCGCGCGAGUGCGCUAAUAUGGAUGGAAUACCUAUUGUACUGGACAACGGUUCUUUUAACAUAAAGGCUGGGUAUGCUGGGGAAAGUGCACCCAGGGUUCUUGUGCCAACCCUUCUAACUAGAACUUUCUCAGCACGCGGACGCAGUGAUUGGUACGUGGGAGAAAAUGCCAAGCCCUGGUUAAGGCACCUACCCGUGGCUUGUCCAGUAUCACAUGGUCAGAUAAUCGACCUGGAUGAAUUAGCUAUCAUUUGGCACUAUCUGUAUUCAAAAGAGCUUCGUGUGAAUGCGGUGGAUCACCCACUCAUGCUGACAGAAUAUCCGUUAUCACCAAUACGACAACGUGAAAAGCUGAUUGAGCUUGCUUUCGAAAAGUUCUACAUUCCCGCCUUAUUUUCUUCCAACCAAUCAGUUCUGAGCCUGUACGCAUCUGGAUUGACGACCGGUUUGACGGUAGAUAUCGGCAACGAUACAAUUAAUAUUGCACCAGUCAUCAACAACUGGUUGGUCCGCGACGCUACUAGACAGCGAACGAUUGGCGGAAAAGAUGUGACUCACUACAUGCAGCAACUGCUUACUUUAUCCAAUCCAAACGCUGCUCGAUUUAUCACACCGGAAAUUGCACAACACUUCAAGGAGAUACUAUGUUAUGUUAGUCCGACUUCAGGACCACUUCCUGGGAUAAAACCAGUCACCUUUCAGACGCCUGAUGGUCAGAUUGUGAAAAUCGAGCAUGAACGUGUUUUGGCACCGGAAAUUUUGUUUCAUCCUGAACGUGUUGGUUUAGAAGGAAACAGUCUGCAUCUAAAUACCCACGCAGCCAUUAAAAACAGUCCAUCCGAUAGCCAGUCAUAUCUUUAUGACAAUAUUGUGGUAAGUGGUGGAUGCACAAUGCUUAACGGGUUGACAGGACGGCUGGAUCACGAAGUUCGAGGGCUGGUGUCGAAAAAUACCUCAGUUCGCGUAAUCGCACCAGAAAAUCGUAAAUACUCCGUGUGGGUCGGUGGAUCAAUAUUGGCUUCUUUGAACUCAUUUGCAGACUUUUGCAUCACAAAGAAAGAAUACGAAGAGUCCGGAAGUCAAAAUGUGAGUCGGAAAUGUCAGUAG